GGUGGAGGUGCAGCAGAGAUCUUACCUGUGCGUCAGGUGACAGAGUCUGGAUCCGCAGCAUGCAGUGGCAGAGCCCUCCUCACCAGGAAACAUGUACGUGAGUUACCUGCAGCUGGACAAGGACCCCAACAUGUACCAGAACCCGGGACCCCGACACAACCUCAGCCUCAGCCCACAGAACUUCGCCCCUGCGCCGCCUCAGUACUCAGACUUCCCCGGGUACCACCACCCGCACCAUCCGCACCAUCCGCACCACCACGGCCUGAGCACCGAGCAGCAGCCCGGGGUAUCCGCAGGCAACACCGGGGGCUGGAGCUCUGCUUACCCGCCUCCCCCGCCUCCAUCCCGGGAUGACUGGUCGUCUCAUUACGCAGCUGCGGCGGCGGCAGCAACAGGAACUACAUCCUCCGGGGGAUCCGGGGUGGUGGGUCCGUCUCUCGGGUUCCACCCGGCCGAGUUCCCCGGGCAGCUGAACCCCUCGGUGGGCCAGAUGUCGCCCGGAUCCCCGCAGAGGAGGAACCCGUACGACUGGAUCCGCCGCAGCUCCGCGCCGACCUCCAACCCAAACGGAAAGACGCGGACUAAAGAUAAGUAUCGAGUGGUUUACACGGACCACCAGCGCCUGGAGCUGGAGAAAGAGUUUCACUACAGCAAAUACAUCACCAUCAGGAGGAAGGCGGAGCUGGCCACGACGCUCGGCCUCUCAGAGAGACAGGUGAAGAUCUGGUUCCAGAACCGCCGGGCUAAAGAGCGCAAAAUCACCAAGAAGAAGCUCCAGCAGCCGGCCUCCUCCACCACCACGGCCACGCCUCCCGCCGGCAGCAACGGCAGCAACAGCGUCCUCCACGGAAACGGCGGGAACAGUGUCGCCAUGGUGACGAGCAGCAGCGGCAGUAACGGGCUGGUGUCGCCCUCCUCGCUGGCUCUGAACAUCAAAGAGGAGUACUGAGGAAAAGCUUUUAGUGGACGCUCACAUCGGGGAUCUGGACUGAGAGACUCUCCCCAAAGAACUGAGGAACUUUUUGCACCACAUCCUGCCUCCUGCCACAGAUCUGCCCGCCCUCCUGAAGCCAAAUUGUCAAUCGGUGACGUCACCAGCAGCUUCUUCUCCCAUCUGACUGUUGUUUGUAUGAGUGAUCAGAUGUUUGCUUGCUGGGAUUUCAGCCUCAAAAGGACGUUUGGCCGCUCUGGUUGCACAUCGACAGCUAAAUGCAAGACUCUGUACUGCAGCAGGGUUGGAAAGAAAUUGAAAUAGAAACACAUUUUGAGCUGCACGUUGUUUCUCCAAACUUUCUUCACAUUUAUAAUCCUUGUGGAGAUGCAAUGUUUCCCUUAAAAUGUAGAAUAUUUCCUUUUGAUGGAAUGAAGCAGCCAUAAAAAAAACUCAGGGGCAAAUUCGCCAAGGAUUGAAAGGCCUUUAUGCACCAACUUAACCAAAGAAAAACCUAACUGCUGCAGCUAGCUGCUCCUGUGCCAUUAAUACCCCAAACUCCCAAAUACUGUUCCUUAGUGUCUCGUUUAAAUUCCUUGUAUGAAGUCGUGAGGAAAGCCUUCCUUGUUGGUCUAAAAAUGUCAUUCUUCUUUCUCUCUCUCGGCCAUUGUUCUGCCAUGGAAAGAAAACAUGUGUACUUUGCCACAUGGAUCAUUGCAAUCAGAUGCAAAAAGGGAAACUCUACAGGAAGCGCUCAUGGUUUUGGCAGGAUUGCGCAGUACAGACUGUCAGCGUUUGCACUCUGCUCUCUGUGAGUUCGCCCCUCGAUGUAAACCUAAUUUAGCUUCAAUGAAGAGCUGCAUGCAGAGUACAUACGAUACUGUUAGACAGUGUGGGAAAUACGUUUGUUUUUAACUAUAAAGCCACUUAAAAAAAGAAGAUUUUCAGGUGUUUGUUUUUUGCUUGAUGAUGAUGCGUUUAAUAAAAAAAGUUCUGUGUUGCUUUAAGAAAUGUUUUCUCGACGUGAUGCAUAAUAUAAACCAGUGACAGAGACCCUUUAUGGUCCUGUGAUCUGGAACAACUCACAUAUCUCCAUGUUUAACAACUUAGAAUACAGGUUGCUGUUCGGACUGCCUUUGAUUAAUAACAUCGGAAGCAUUUACAAAAGAAACUGUAGCCAAAAGUGCACAGCUGCAUGUCAAUGGAAAUGUGUGGAAUAUAUUCACUUGCCUUCCCUUAGUAGGAAUAUCUUCUCUCCAGAAUAAGGGGAAACUAAUUCUCUAUGAAGCAUUACAAACGUGAGGUGCUCGUACUUAAACACUUCCGUUUUGCAGCUCAAUCAAUACUUUUACUCCAGUUUUCUUAGACAUACGGUUAUUCAGUAAGGUUUUAAAUGCAUGAGAAUAUUAAGUGUGCUAUUAGUAAUUUCCCUGCAGUAAAAGAUCUUCUAUGUGUCCUGAAGUUGGUUUGUUUUGUGCCACAAUGUCUUGUAAAUGAUUAUGAUCUCACCCAUCAGAUUUGUAUAUUCUUAAUGUAAUUUUUCUACAUUUUAAGCGGGUUUAGAAUGAUUAAUGUGAGGUAAAGUGACAACAUGUUGGAUACAACUUAUAUUAGCAUUUGUUUAUUCACACGGACCCAUGUUGUAUUCACAAACCAAAAGCUGUUUUAAUACCAAUGCGUGUACAGGAGAAGGAGCUGAAUGUACCACUAUAGCAGAGCAUUGUUUUUACCCCCGUGAGAGGAAACAACUGUGACUUCAUUUAACGUAUUAAAAGACAAACAGCGUA